AUGUCUGAUACAUAUUACGCUAUCAAUGAUGAUAAUCUGCCAUGGGUAGAAAAGUAUAGACCAGAGACGCUAGAUGAUGUUUACGGGCAAUCUACAGUUGUCACGACAAUCCGCAAAUUCAUUGAGGAAGGUAAGUUGCCCCACCUGCUUUUCUAUGGUCCUCCCGGUACGGGUAAAACGUCUACUAUAGUAGCAUUAGCGCGAGAGAUAUAUGGCAAGAACUACUCUAAUAUGGUAUUGGAACUAAACGCAUCUGACGAUAGAGGUAUUGACGUCGUGAGAAAUCAGAUAAAAGAUUUUGCAUCGACAAGACAGAUUUUUUCGAAAGGGUUCAAAUUGAUCAUUCUUGAUGAAGCGGAUGCAAUGACAAAUGCUGCACAAAAUGCAUUGAGGAGAAUCAUCGAAAAAUACACCAAGAACACAAGGUUCUGCAUCUUGGCAAAUUAUGUACAUAAACUAACACCCGCGUUAUUGAGUAGAUGCACAAGGUUUAGAUUUCAGCCUUUACCAAGAGAGGCACUGGAUCGCAGAAUGAACAUGGUAUUGAUUAAUGAACAUUUAAAGAUAACUUCAGAAGCAAGGGACGCGUUGUUGAAACUAUCCAGAGGCGAUAUGAGACGUGUGCUGAACGUCCUACAGGCCAGUAAGUCUACGCUGGAUGACCCCAUCAACGAAGAGAUAACGGCCGACGUAAUAUAUGAGUGCUGUGGUGCCCCAAGACCUGCCGAUAUCGAGACAAUCCUGGAGUCCAUUUUGAAGGAUGACUGGACGACGGCGUACUACACGCUGACAAAGCUGUGUAGCACGAAGGGACUGGCCCUAGUCGACCUGCUCGAAGCGAUAUCUGAGGUUUUGGAACAGUACGAACUACAAAAUGAAGAGACUAGAAUCGAAUUACUGACGAAAAUGGCCGAUAUCGAGUAUUCUAUUUCCAAAGGUGGAAACGAUAAGAUACAAAGCAGUGCAUUAAUAGGUGCCAUAAAGACGAGUUUCGAGAAUGAAGUAUGA